AUGACUUCCAAGGAGGAUGGCAAGGCGGCGCCGGGGGAAGAGCGGCGGCGCAGCCCGCUGGAUCACCUGCCGCCUCCCGCCAACUCCAACAAGCCGCUGACUCCGUUCAGCAUUGAGGACAUCCUCAACAAGCCGUCUGUGCGGAGAAGUUACUCGCUGUGCGGGGCGGCGCACCUGCUGGCGGCCGCGGACAAGCACGCGCCGGGCGGCUUGCCCCUGGCGGGCCGCGCGCUGCUCUCGCAGACCUCGCCGCUGUGCGCACUGGAGGAGCUCGCCAGCAAGACCUUUAAGGGGCUGGAGGUCAGCGUCCUGCAGGCAGCCGAAGGCCGAGACGGAAUGACCAUCUUCGGGCAGCGGCAGACCCCCAAGAAGCGGCGAAAGUCGCGAACAGCCUUCACCAACCACCAGAUCUACGAGUUGGAGAAGCGCUUCCUCUACCAGAAGUACCUGUCACCAGCCGAUCGCGAUCAAAUCGCGCAGCAGCUGGGCCUCACCAACGCUCAGGUCAUCACCUGGUUUCAGAAUCGACGCGCCAAACUCAAGCGGGACCUGGAGGAGAUGAAGGCCGACGUGGAGUCCGCCAAGAAACUGGGCCCCAGCGGGCAGAUGGACAUCGUGACGCUGGCGGAACUCGAGCAGAACUCGGAGGCCGCGGGCGGCGGUGGCGGCGGCUGCGGCAGGGCCAAGUCGAGGCCUGGCUCUCCGGCGCUCCCUCCAGGCGCCCCGCAGGCCCCGGGCGCCGGGCCCCUGCAGCUCUCUCCUGCCUCCCCGCUCACGGACCAGCCCGCCAGCAGCCAGGACUGCUCAGAGGACGAGGAAGACGAAGAGAUCGACGUGGACGAUUGA